CCAAACUUGGCGCUUGGUUCGUAGCCCGUAGCACGAUCAAACUAUUGACUGAUUGGUUCAGUAGCGCGCGAGCACGCGAUCUGACUGCUUGCGUAUGUGCGUGCGCAUGUUGCGUGGCUGAUACGAUACGUGCGUAAAAGUAACUUUUUAAUAAACACUGUAGUGCUGUGAGAAAGUAGUGGUGGAUACGGUGCUUUCAGGAUUGCUCGCAGAUAACCAAAUACUGCGGUAAUGGCACAUCGGUCGGCUGGUCGUAAGCCGUGCGUGGUUACCGUGUGAGGUGCGCUCGGUGUGUACCGUGCGCGGUCGUACCGUGCGUGGUGUGUGUACCGUGCGCGGCCGUACCGUGCGUGGUGUGUGUACCGUGCGCGCCCGUACCGUGCGUGGUGUAUGUACCGUGCGCGAUGUGCGCGUGGAGGCUGCUGCUGCUUGCUGCGCUGCCGGCGCUCGUCGGUGUAGGUGCCGGCGAGGUGGUGGAAGCGGGACCUGCCUUCCUACCGACGAGAAGAUCACUCAAUGUGGCGCCGGGCGAAGAAGCGGUGCUGGCCUGCCGCAUCGCGCGACUCGGAGACAAGGCGGUCUCAUGGGUGCGGGCAAGGGAUCUCCAAAUCCUCGCACACGACGGCGCUGUGUUCUCAGCAGAUCCACGGGUCGCGGUGGGAGUGCGGACGGAGCGAGGCGUCGUGACGCACACGCUGCGCCUUGCGCGCUUGAGAGAGUCCGACGCGGGCCGAUACGAGUGCCAGCUGAAUACGGAUCCUAAGCUCAGUCAGAUUUAUAAUCUCACUGUCACAGACCGGGCAUGGCGUGGCAUCGAGGUAGAACCUCUAGGGGCAACUCGAGUCCUAGCAGCCACGGGGAGCACAGCCACUCUUGGCUGUUCAGCGCGUCUGAGACCGGCUGAGGCACCUGAUCCGCCGGCAUUGAGGGUUGUCUGGUACCAGGACGGACAACCGUUGCUACCUCAGCAGGGUGGAGUUUCGCUCGACACGGAGCGCGCGGCGGGCCUCGUGACGUCACGGCUCACGCUCGGCGCUCUCAUGCCGACCCACAGCGGUCGGUACAUCUGCCGUGUCACAGCGGACUUAGAAGAUAUAGACCCCUUCACAGAAGACAACUUGCAGGGAGAGAUGGUGUUUACGCUCGUUGUCACAGACAGUGUGGGUGAGAUGGAAGCGAUGCAACGCGACCAAUCGCCCGCGCCGUCCGCUGCCGGCAUCCUUCGCUCUGUGCCAGCUGUUGCGGCUCUUGCGGUGUUGUUCGCACUGGCUAUGCGCUGCUAACCUUCGCAGCAGAGACAACGAUCGUUCUUGUCUAACUAGCCGACAACUCGGCCCGGAUUUAGGCCCCUCUUUUCCAUCUCAAAACUUGGUCGGUUACACUAAGGCCUUGUGUAAAAACUAGGGCCUAGGCAGAAAUCCGGCCCUGCUGUCAACUCCUAUGCUCCGUCCUCAGUGCCCAGCUCCUAUAUUUCGGAGCGGAGAACCGUCGAUACUACUUUGAAUGGUGGUUUGCCUUAGUUUGCAGUUCGUAGCAAGAUGUCAAGCGGAGCGCAAAAUAUCUUACAGAUAAAAAAGAGGAGGCAUGAAAACAUUGUACUGGGGCAGGCACGACUCAAAAGAAGUCGAGAACCCCUGUAUAUUCAAUGGGCGACUGGUAGCCAGUUCACAAAACAAGGCUACUAAUUUUAUGCAGUGUUAAUGAAACUUUAAUUUGAUAAAAGACACAGUGAAACAUUACGAAUACAAAAGUGCAGUGGUUUACUGAGUAGGUAGACACGGACCUAUGGACCCUGCCUCCGUAAAUAUAAGGAAUGUCUCGAUACUAAAAGAAAUAAUUUGACCAUUUAAUUUAUUGGAGGCUUCAUUAUCUUCUUCGAUCCUACUUCAUUUUAUUUUAAGUCCCUUAUCCUUCCAACAAGUCCCUACCUAAAACCGAGUAAAAUUAAAUUGUCUCUGGUAUUUUGAAUAGUUGGAAUAAGUAUUUCCACUGAACUGUCAGUAUUUUCUUAGGUACACGACCUACAUUUAAACUAUUAGACAGAAUAUAUUCCCGAGCUCAUGGGGCUCACCUUGUAAAUAUUGUAAAUAGCAAAUAAAUGAAUAACUUCAAA